AUGUUAUCUAAUAGUAUUUGCCAGAGUCUUAGGGUAUUAAUUACAGUAGCCUAUUUAAUAUUCCUAAUAUUAACUAUACCCAUUUCUUUCCAGGUUGGUGGAGUAUCCUGUGGGUUGGCAUUUACAGUUACCCUAUUCAAUUUAUAUUUUAUAUCAACAACAAUAAAAUUAAGAUUAUUUGAUAGUAAAAGUACCAACAACUUUUAUCAAAUUUUGUAUUAUUUACAACACCUUUCUAUCCCAUCCUUGCUUUUCAUUUUCAUUAAUAUCUACAGCGAGAACAAAAAUAUCACCACCAAUAAUAAUGAAACUAUUUUCUCAAAACUUUGGUCUAUUUAUUUGAAAUUUUCGGUCAUUCCCUGGAAAUUUGUUUUAAUUCAUUCAACACCGUAUUUUACUUUAUUGGAAGGCAUAUUUACCAUUUUAGCUAUUCAAACCAUAGGCCAGGCCUAUAAAUGGUUAAAUAGACCAUCAGCUGCUGCUCUUUCUACUGUCCCAAAAGAUAAUCACAACAAGGGUAGUGAUAUAAUUAAUCAUAGCAACCGUACUGAUGAUAAAAAUAGGAAUAAUAGUAGUGAUAAAGAGUUACUGCUUUCUUCUAAUACCAAUAAUGAAACUGUUUUGGAAGAAGGUGAAGAGGAAAAUUUUAUUAAAAAUAGCGAUAUCAAAGAAGUUGAUUAUGAAUUAACUAAAAGCAUUAGCAGAAACAGUACCGCCGAUCAAGAUAAUAUGGAUCUUGAUGAUGAUGGUGAUGAUGAUGAUGAUGAUGAUGCAUCUGUUUCCGAUUCGGAUAGUAUAAUCAGCAGCAGCUCAACCAGUGCUGAUAAAAGUUCUGCAUGGAGCAUAGCGGGUUUAAUGUUUAGUGCAGGAAUAAUCACAUGUUCACUCUAUUAUUUAUAUAAAAUAUAUGCUACACCCAAUUUUAACCUAAGUGUAAUCGAGGCAACUUUGGUUGGUUUUACAUUCAGCUUAGUUUGUGGGAUUGGAUUAUACGGAAUCAUCAGUAGUAAAGGCUCAUCUGUGGAAAGUUCUCUUUUAUUCGCCUAUAUCAUAAGAUGUAUCUAUGAAAUUAGCCCGGAACUAAGCGAUGUUGCAAUGAGUGGUAUUUUACAAGUAAUUCAGGAUUCUUGGCAGCAAGUUUCUAUAUCUGUUGAUCUUCCGUCCAUAUUAACCUCCUAUUAUUCUGUAUCAGCUAGUACAUUGUCACCAUCUAUAGUAGUUGGCGGUCAUGAACUUAUAGAUAUGUUUACUAAUACGGUCCGAAAUAUUAUUAAGGAGGGCAAGUUUUCUACAACGGGUAACAAUACCACAUUUUCCAAUACAAUGUUUGCUACAGUUUCCAAUCACUUGAAAUUUUUCUAUCAAUAUUAUAUUAUUAGGAUAUACACAUAUAUACAAAUGUUUACAACGAGGUUAUUCCCCAGAAGCUUAAAUGGUAUAAGUAAGAUAUUCUUCAAAAUGGCCAAAGAAAGCAUAACGCCUGCAAUUUUAAUGAAUUUAACGUUUAGGUUAUUAGUCUAUUAUUUAGCAACAAGAAUUAUACCAGUAAUACAAAGAAAAAAACAGCAAGAAUUUGCCAAAUUGCAGUUGCAAUUGCAGGAACAACAGCAAGAAAAAUUUGAAGAUGAUGACAGCGAUGUCGAUAUAUUUAGUAGUAAUAAUAAUAGUUCUGGGAUUACUUCCAAUGACAGCAAUGUAGAAACGGUGAUAAUAAAUCAGGAAGAAGGCGAAGCCAAAGAAUUAAGGAUACGGCAAUGUAAACCUAAUAAUAGCAUACCGAGUAAUAACAGUGUGACAUCCUCUUUUUCUAUUAUGAAUUUAAUAUAUUGGUAUAGCCCAUGCAUUUUAAUUGCAAUGUACACGCAUUUGAUAAUUCAAUAUUCUAAAAACACUGAUAUAGAUAAAACCUUUUGUAUAUGGGGAUGUUUUGGUGCUAACACCUCUUUACAGAACAAAAGCGACAAGAUUAUCAUAGAUUCUUGGGCCUUUUGGAAUUGGUGUAAUAUAUUUUGCUCAUUGUUGUUAUAUGCUUUAGAGUUGAAAAAUUAA